UCUUAUUGCUUCUUGAUGCAGGUGACAUCUCCUGGAGGUAAUACGGUCCAUACUUUGAAAGGAACAUCAGGGGACAAAUUUGAGUUCAAGGCCCCCAGAAGUGGAAUGUACAAAUUCUGUUUCCAUAAUCCUUAUUCUACACCAGAAACAGUCUCUUUCUACAUUCAUGUUGGUCAUAUUCCAAGUGAACAUGACCUUGCCAAGGAUGAACAUUUGGACCCCAUCAACGUCAAAAUUGCUGAAUUGAGGGAGGCAUUGGAGUCUGUUACAGCUGAGCAGAAGUACUUGAAAGCACGUGAUGGUCGUCAUCGUCACAGUAAGGCCUCCUUUCAUUUUAAGUGUUGCCUGUUUUGAUAUGAUGCAAUAUUCAAUUUUCUAACAUAAUAUUUGGUUGAUUUGUCUUUGACUGUGUAGCGUGUGCUUACUUCUGAUGUUCUGUGAUAUGCUUUGUGGUUGUAGAAGUUUGAAAGUUCUUAAGGCUUGAUAUUUAAUGUUUGUCUAAGAUACUAUAGUUGAAAAUCAAAUGCCCAUGGCCUCAAGCUUGAAAUAUAGAAAAGGAUACUGACAAGCAUAUACAUAAAACUACGCCAUGCUGGAAGUUGUAUUUUUAACGAUGACAUUCUUAGGUAGGAGGAGUUACUUAGUGAUGGGAAAACGUACAAAUGCAGUUUGAGCAUUUAAUAACAUUACGCCUAUUGUGAAUCAAUUGAUUAGAUCAACAAUAAUCUUUCAGGUUAAGAUGAUGCCAUAUAUGUAAAUAGUAGUGUUUCACUGUCGCUUGCUGGAUUA